CCACAUGUGUCUCUGGUGAAUGCAAGUCGUCCAGUAGCAGCAGCCUCCACCCCACGCUGCGCCGCCCAUAGAGAGCCGCCGCGCCGCCAACUAGCUCGACUGACUGCAGCAGUUCGCACGUCAGUGAACCUCAGUCGCAGACACAGUGCGCCCACCCUCUCUGCUUCUGCCCCAGUGGCCCUGCGACCAACGCCGGCUGGCCGAACUACCAACAGCGGGCUGUGAUGACCAGCCCGCACUACUUGCUGCCACACGACGACGACGAGCACAACCUCACGGUCGCGCCACCGAACAACGUCACCCUGAGCUACUCGGCCGACGCAGACGCAGACGCAGGCACAGGCUACUCGACACCCUUCAGCACGCUCGCUGCCACCGCGACGCUCGCCACGCUGUCGGACAGCAGGCCGCCCACCAGCCACGGAGAAGAUGCAGUGAGUGACGACGACGAGGGCGGGGGUAUAUCCCUAGCAGACUUCACCGAACCACCCGCACCGCCUGCCCUGCUCGUCAACACCCUGGGCUCAGCAGGCAUCCACAUGCAGGCCGCCAUGGCCCACUUCCAGUCCUUUGCGCACGACACAAUACCGCCGCCGACCAGCGACAUGACCUCCUUCCACAUCGGCAACGUCCACAUGCCCCCAUCCCCUCCAUACUUAGGGCACCUGUCGAGCUCUGAGUCCUCGCUCGAACCCCCACCGAUACACCACGAGGCCCACCUCAGCAUCAAAGACAAGAGCCAAUUCGUGCCUAUCACCUCGUUCUUCCACUACCUCACCCCAGAGAAGCCCACCGUUCCUGGACUCGACCUCGUCCAGGUACCGGAUGUCAUCACGCGGGAAGAUUUGCAGGGCGACAAGUACGACUACCAGGGUAUUGAUUGGAGUAUACGCAACACCACAAGGUCUUCAGUACGAAGCAAACGAAGAGAGUGUGAGGAGGAGAGGCUGUCGCCCAGCUUAAAGGAGACUCGCACGCAGUGGACGCCUCCAAUACACAACACAGACAAUUUCUUCUCCUUUCGGAGAAAUAUCACCUCACAUCGAGCUUACUUUCCUCACUUCCAGCUGCGGAACGUACUAGCGGCUACAUCCAGGAACGAUGUCUUCUACGCAGCAGGCCAGAAAGUGCUUCGUACAGACGCCGAGGGCUCGCCUGCCGAAGCAGUUAUAGAUUUGAGCAAGAAGACGGCUCUCGACGGCUCUAUUACAACGAUUGCGACCCUCAACGACGUACUAAUAGCCGGAGCCUUCGAGGGCGAGUAUGCCAUUACUGAUCUGUCGUCAACAACAGGCACCCCCUGUACAUUUGGCCGCACAUCAGACUUUGCUUCAGAUACUAAGUCCAAGAUCGUCAAUCAUCUACAUCUUUUCGAAUCACGGACUACGCAUCACCCUCAAGGCGUCCUCUGCUCGAACGACCAUCGUUUGCGCAUACUAGACUGCGCGACCAACACCUUUACGCACGACUUCCAGUACUCAGCUGCGGUCAAUUGUUCAGCCACCAGCCCCAACGGUCGGAUGCGCGUCGUAGUCGGCGACUUCCAAGAAACACUGAUCACGAAUGCCGAAACAGGACGGCCAUUUGAGACCCUCAAAACCCACACCGACGACAGCUUUGCGUGCGCCUGGGCAGAUGACGGCAUCCACGUUGCGACCGCAGCCCAGGACUCCACCAUAGUCGUCUGGGACGCACGAUACUGGGACAAGCCCCUUACAGUCCUCACAAGCGAGCUCAGCAUCCCUCGUGCUCUCCGUUUCUCGCCUGUCGGCUCAGGUCCACGAGUCCUCAUCGCCGCAGAAGCAGACGACUACAUCAACGUCAUCAACGCGCAGACCUUCGAAUCAAAACAGGUGUUCGACUUCUUCGGCCCGCUCGGCGGCGUGACAUUCACGCCCGACGGCCAGUCUCUCUUCGUCGCCAACGGCGAGCGCAGAUUCGGUGGCAUAAUUGAACUCGAGCGCACGGGCUGGGCUGAGCGGACCGCACGGCGGCGAUCCUUCGACAGCGAGCGCGACGAGCUGGUGACCGACUGGGCGAGCGAGCACCUCCUCCACGAGUUCGAGAAGAGCCACUCCGGUAGUAUCGAACGACAGCAGAGAGGUGUCGAUUUCAGCCAGCUUGUCGUAUGACGGCGGCUUUGUAGAUGUUUGCGAAAGUGUUUGGCACUUCUUGGAGGAAUUAAUAUUGAUGCAUCUUGGUUCUUUUCUCUUUGCUUUUCGGAGUUUGUAGAGGUGGGCUGGCCCUUCUUUUGGGAGCUCAUACAUGACUUGAUGAAUUGGAUUGGAUGGACUGGAAGAUACCACAGCAUCAUCGGCAUUGCGAUUGGUGUUGACGAGUAUUUUAAUGUAGCAUUUUCACAUAUAUAUAUUGCAUCUGGAC